AGGAAUAUCGAAUUAUUUUAUUACGAAUUAUUGUUAGAUAAAAUACGAUCUUUGAAUGUUUGAUUUUUAAAGAGUGUAAAUAUCACUUGAUCGGAAUAAGGGUCAAAUCAAGGUCGGUUCCGAUGCAGUUCAGAGAAAGGCGGAAAGACGGCGUAACUAGCAAUAGCAUCGUGUAAUUGUUUCCGUAACGUUUAACUUGACAUUACUGUUGCAAUGAUUAUUGCCUGACCGUUUUGAGAUUUCAUGUAAACUGUUAAUUGUUACUGUUUUCCUUCGUAGUUAUAAUCGUUGGAAUCAUUCGAUUGUCUACUGGAUUUAUAAAAUCGAGAAGUAUAAUGAAAAAGAUUCCUAUAAUAAGUCCGAGCUCUGCUCAACUGAAGAAAGACGAUUAUACGUUCUUUGUACUAAGGAAGAAAGAAUCUACUUUAGAAUGCACUAACAAGUAUAAAGACAUCUUUUGCGUAGUGCGUGAUUCGUAUGCAAAUUUAAUACACAAAGAUAUUGAAAAUGGAUGCAACUUGAACGAGAAUGGCAAUACACACAAAAAUAAAUCUAUUUUACCAGUGAAAGAAACAUCAGAAUUAUUCUUGGAUACGUGCAAGAAAACUAAAGAUAAUGACAAAUUGUCAUAUUUGUGGCAUGAUUCUGAAUUACCUGUACGUGGCAAUACACACCAAGAUAAAUCUAUCUCAUCAGUAAAAGAAACAUCAGAAUUAUUCUUGGAUACUUGUAAGAAAACAAAGGAUAAUGACAAAUUAUCGUAUUUGUGGCACGAUUCUGAAUUAUCUAUAUAUGACGUAACAAAGUAUAAUCUCACUAAUGAUAAAAAAGAUAAUUAUGAGAAUAAUAACAAUUCAGUUUUCAAAGUGACAUUUAAUUUCGAAUUAUUUAAGAUAUAUUUAAUGCGUUUCUUUGCGAUAAAUACGUCUAACAGUAUUUUAUAUGUCGAUAAUGACGACAAAGUACGUUUGGUUCAAAACGAAACUGAAUUUUUAGAAUUAUGGCAGUUUGCUAAAUUAUGCUCCAAGCAUAGCAAAGGAGUACUGUUGUUAGUUGAUUUUAUAAAUAAUCAGGAUGAUGAUAUAAAUAAAAAUAAACAUGAAGUUAACGAAUCAUCUGGUGACGAUCAAGAAAAUUCAUUUGCAAGCAAUUCUAUUUCAUCUGAAACCUUUAAAUCGAAAGAAAGCAUGAGCGAAGUAAAGCAACACAAUAAAAGACAACAUUUAAAUAGAAUAUUUAAUUUAGUUGAAGAAACUAAUGAUAAUAAAUUAAACGAUAAGGAUGGAGCUAUUUCUUUGUUUCCAAAUUUAACUACAUCAGCAUAUUCAAAGAUCCUUACAAAAAGUUUUGAUAAUAUGAAGCUAGAAAAUACAACACCUUCAAACAUAACUAGCCAGGAUGUUCUUAAUAAUGCUCCACCGACAUGGUUUGUACAAUAUAUGGAACAGUUGAAAAAGGAUAUAAUAACAGAAGUCUCUAAUCAAAUCGUGUUUAACGUAAUGGAAAAUUUAAAUAAGUGUUCUAUGAGGUCACCGAUUUGCGCAGAAUCUAAGGAUGCAAAUAGAUGUGAAAAUCAAUCUCAUCGUCUGAAAUCAAAGUGUAAUCACCAAAGAAAUAAUUUACUUACAGAUCAAAGAAGACAAUAUAAAAGGAAGAAAAGGGACAUGCUAGUCGACAAGAUUUAUUCUGAACAUGUAGAUAAACCACUUAUAAACAUCAAAAGCAGAAAGAAACAAGUGAAAAAAUUCGAAGAAAAGCUUGAAUAUAACAGUGAACCUAACGAAGACAAAGAGGAGGAAAAUGUUCAUAACGAAACCUAUAAUUCGUCAGAAUUAAUGAGCAAUAUAAAUAAUCCUCAUAAGCAAAAUGAUAUUGGCGAAAAGCAGAUUGAAGAUAAACGUAAUUCUAUGUCUUCAAAUUUUCUUCCAUUAGAAUCUUCAAAAGAAAAUUUGUAUAAUGAACCAAACAUAUUCAAUGGGACAAAAGAAAAUGGUGGACAAAGAAUGAAUUGUUCUAUCACUGAAUAUCAAAUGUUGGAUAAAAAAUAUCUUGAAAGUACAACUUGUUGUUGUGGAUCUGACAUAGAGAAUAUCAGUAUACGUUCUGACUUAAGCACUAACACAGAGAUCUGUGAUGACUAUAAUGAAUUUGAAUUAAUUUCGAUGCCAAUAAAAUACAAAACCAAUACAAAUUGUCACAAACAAAAAAGUCCAUCAAAAACUGAGAACAUUGCCCAUAAAGAGGAUGAUGAUGAAAUUGUUACUGAUCUUUUAACUUUUGAUUUACUUCCAGAGAUAUCACCUGCAUCUUCAGUCAUUUGCAUUGCUGAGAAUCAUUUUACAGCUAAUUCGAAUAAUUCUACUUCUAUGACUAAGAAGGAUUUAAAUAAUGUUAGUACUUACAAAUCGGAUGAAAAAGAAGAUUCUAAAAAUGAGGAUAAUAUCAAUGAAAAAAUACACGAUACACAUUUAUCAAAUACUUUAAAAAAAUGUACGAACAAUAACUUAACAAAUCUAACAGAUAAUAUUUGUUCCCCGUUUAUAAAAAAGACAUCAAAAUCAAUAGAUGAGAAUACAAAUUUACUGCAUUUAGAAUCCAAACAUAACAAUACAAAUGCUAUGAAAAUUGAUGUAAACAGUUCUCAUACUAGCUAUUUGACAACAGAACCAGUAAAUCCAAUUUUUUCAGAUUUUCCGAUAGCACAGCAGAAUUGUCAAGCCCAAACAGAUUUAAACGAUUUAACACAGAGUUUUCAUUCUCAUACAACUUCGAUUACAGACAAUGGUGUUUAUGGUAUAAAUGAGACGAAUACUAGUAACAGUCAUGAUUAUUCAAAACAUAGUUUUUCUGAUUGCAAUAAACCUGCAGCUUCAAAAAAAAAUAAAAUACGUGAGCAAAUAAAGAAAGACUUAAGUAAUAAAUAUCUGGAGAACAAUCCAAAGAAAGAAGAGAAUAAAAAUGUUGAACAUAUAGUUGAGGAAACUACUACCGAUUCAAUGCCAGGAACUGCAGAACCUAUUCACAUUUUGCCAGAAACAUUGGUAACUGGUGCUUUCCAUUUUGCUUCUAUUGCAUAUGGAACAGCUCGUGAAGCAAUUGUUAGAAUUCGUUCAAAUUCGAAAGACGAUCGAUUAUCGUAUAUGAAAAAGAGUCCUCGGCAUUAAAUAAACCUACAGAAGAUUUACACUUCCUCAAAAAUCUUGAUUAUAAUAUUACAUAUAGAGAGAUAACCAUUUGCUUGCUCCAAAUGAAAAACGCUAAAUAGAAUUGUUUACUAGGCAAGUGUGUAUCUUACAUAUUUAAUAUAUCAUUUAUUGUAGAAAUUAGAAUUUUAAAGCUGGUGGUACUAAAACAAUUUAUCAAAGAUGUGAAUCUUAUUAGAUGUUAGAUCGUAUAUAUUCAACAAACGUUUAGAAAAAUAAUCUAUAAUCUUUUGCCCUCUUAAAAUAUUAUUAAAUUGUCCAAAUCUUAUACAUAGAAAUACAUUUAUCAGAAAAAUUGCUUAUAUGAUACAAACGUUCGCUUCUGAAUAACUUCGUCAAAAAUAAUUAUAGAAUAUAGCUCGUUAACAUACUAAUUUACUUGUAUUUGUGUAAGGAGCAAUAAAACUAAGAAAACAUUUUGUUGUUAAAUAUCUUACGAUAGAACGACGAAAUUAAUCACAAUAUAAUUCUGUAAUAGAAUAUCACAUUAUUCUUUAUAAAUUAAAAUAUAUGUUACGGUAUUUUCAUUAAAAAAUCGUAUGGCUACGAUUGCAUCUACAUUGUCAUGUUAUAAAAUUAAUAUAAUGUAACAACAGAUGCGUAAAUUAUUAACCAUUAAGAUGUAUAUUUGUUAAAUCUGGAAUUGUUUUAAGAGUGACUACCAUAAAGAUUAAUAUAGAUGGAUAUUAUUUUAAGAAAGGAAAAUAGAAAUUUUUCCUGAAUAAUAGUUUCGAUUCUAUAUAAAACAAAUACGAUUAUAAAUAUUUCUAAUUUAUUUUCAAUAACUAAUUACAGACAUGGAAUAUUAACUCGGUAAUACUUGUUCGGUAUGUAUCAAAAUUUGCAAUGCGUGUUUUAUUCUAUUGUGAUAGAUCUUAACAAUUUAUUUGAGCUAGUAAAAAUAAAUAUAUUACUCGUAA